AUGAUGGAGGUUGUGAUUAUUGUUGUUUUUGCUACACUUGGGAAUCUACUUAAUGGAUGGGAAAGUUCAGCCAUUGCAGGGGCUAUGACCUACAUUAAACAAGAAUUUGAAUUGGAAAAGGAUCAAUCACUUGAAGGGUUGAUUGUGUCAAUGUCUUUUAUAACUGCAACUGUUGUCACCAUAUUUUCCGAAACAAUCUCUGAUAUGGUUGGAAGAAGACCUAUGUUGAUAACAUCUUCUGUUAUGUUUAUCACCGGUGGUUUGAUACUUUUUUUUUCACCGUCCAUCUAA